AUUACUUUAUCCUAUCCUAGGUAUUCCUUAAAGAGGUGGGGUUUCAGGUGUCUUUAUUAAACGUGACUCACCAAACAAAUGAAAUAUGAAAACCCUUGCAGGGUUUUUGUAGUUAAACAUUGUGCAGCUGUUAAAAACUUUAAACAAAAAGUCGAAGAUAAAUAUUUUUCUCCGAAAGACAAGUUAGUUUGUUGGUUUUGAAAUGGAAUUGCCUGCAAUAGUGAUACAAAAUACAAUUGGUUGAAGACAGGUAGCUUUAGAACCUAAAAAUAAUUACCGAUAAAUUAUUCUGAGUGUUCAGCCUCCUUGUCCUCUGCAACAUGACAUUAGCCCACAGUUGCCAUAUGAGACGUCUGUGGUUUUCCUGUGUAUGAGACGUUUUCCUCUGAACAAGCUCCACAUCUGCUUUUCUAUUGAAACAUUUCAUCUUUGUCCCAGUCACUGCCACCAUCUUCUGUAAAGUCAGACUAACAGUAUGUAUGUAGCUGUCUAAAAAAUGACAUUGUUCAUCCCUGAUAUGGCUGGUCGUCUGUUUUUGCUCAUCCUCCUUUUCGAUACCUUCCAGUACCUCAAAGCCAAAGAUCCAAAACCAGACAUUACAGUCAAUAUUGAUGAGGACUUCACCAUCAUCUGUUUGAUUCAUGGAUCCUUAAGUCCUGACACCACCUGUAACCUGUAUGUUGGAGAAGAGAGUCAGCCAUCCUUCACAGCACCGAUCAAGAAGAGAAAAGCCACCUCAGCAUCCAGACAGCAGUUCUGUCAAUUCACUCCAAAACAUAGUGAUCUGAUCAGUCGUCUACAGUCAGUGAGGCGUAAGGAGGUGAGCUGUGACUACAGAGUGAGCUCAGGACCAAACUCUCUCUCUCCACGCAGUGAUGGGUACAGCUUUACACAUCUGGUGGGAGUUCACAUCAGCGAUCCAACAACUAUACAGACACGUUCUAUAGCAGUGAGUUUAACUCCAGGUCCUAGAUCUACUUUGCCGCCCAGCACGACAGUGAGUCCUACAGAAGUUUCAACUGUUACUUGCACUUUUACUCCAGACACCACACUGACACCAACUACCAGGUCGACUGUUUGCUGUACUUUGACCACUGACACCCAGGCGAGUCCAACUGAAAGAGGUCAAAGCUCCACAGAAAGUGAAGUGGAAUCAAACAGUCAAGAAAGCAUUCUGGAGCUGUGCACAUUUUCUUAGAAGAACAAGAGCUAAUGACCUCUCAGCAUUGGGUGUGGCUUCUGGAGUGGGCGUGUUCCUGGUAGGAUUGACAGCUGUCUGUUUCUGCAGGAGGACCA